GGGACCACUUUGGCAGUUUCAUUUCAUUUUUAACAAACUAAUAGGUAUGUUGGCGAAAAAUCGUACAGUACAUUUGAAUCAGUCCAUUAGAAAGUAAUAAUAUUGUAAUACUUUGGUUUUGCUCGUUGUGCAUGGUUACUCAAUAUAGUCAGUUAAGUGAAUAUUCCAAAUAAACAGUACAAUAAUGUCAUCGAGAGGACCCAUGGUAGAAGGUUCGGAUGGAUCAGAUUUUUCACACCGACAAAAAGUAGCCGACCAUUAUAAAAUAAGUGUGCAAAAUAAAAGCCGAUUGAAAUAUUGUAUACUAUUUCAUUAUUUGUUAUUUUUCCUCAUGCUUGCAAAAUUGUGUCCCGAUGUACUCGAUAGAUUAGAUAUAUUUGUAUUAGAAAUCGAAGAACUUGAAAUUCCCAAGCCACUGCUUUGGGAGUACUUGUGGUGUUUUAGUUUGCCAGCGUCGUUUUUGGCCUUAAGCGCAGUCAAACACAAUUGCGUACGAAAUAUAUCACUUUACAUCAAAUGGAUUGUACUGUUGGGCAUAUUACCUGUCGUAUACGCUUUCUUUUACUACUUAACCGAUGUAUACACAUUUAUUACAGAACAUCCGUCCGAUUCUGUACUAAAAUGGAGAGAUUUUCCCUAUGGAAUAUUAUGGUACAUAUUUAUCGCACUAGCAGUACAAAUUCACGGGUUUUCGAUACAUUUUGCGUCAAAUUUGAAAAGCGCUUGGACUGCCAGAGGAUCGACGCAAAAGAAAAAAUAAAUUUGUACAAUAAUGUGUUCACUAUUUGAUCUAGUAAAAUGUAAAUACAGGGUUAUUGAUUAUA